GCCUUCACAAAAAAAAAAAAAAAAUCAUUCCCAGCGUCGACAAAACUUUGCUGCUCUCAAACGCCUGAUUUGUAUUUGAAACAACUGAUUAAACCAUAAAGAGGAGCAGCAUGUGAAGCUUUCUGUUGGUGAAACGUCAGAUUUUAGCAGGAAGAUGUACGCCAGUUCUUAGCGAACGAAACACUUUAGCUGAUAUUUUCCUGCUUGUUGAAAAGGUGUUUCUUGUUCGAUCAUGGCUCGUGGCUGCAUCUGCUGCGUGAAGUACAUGCUCUUCCUCUUCAACCUGCUCUUCUGGCUGGGCGGCUGUGGGUUUUUGGGUGUCGGCGUGUGGCUUUCGGUUUCCCAGGGCAGCUUCGCCACCCUGUCGCCCUCCUUCCCCUCGCUCUCUGCCGCCAACCUCAUAAUCACCCUCGGCACGGUCAUCAUGGUGACAGGUUUCCUGGGUUGUCUGGGUGCCAUCAAGGAGAACAAGUGCCUGCUGCUGAGUUUCUUCAUCGUCCUGUUGAUCAUCCUUUUGGCCGAACUUAUCCUCCUCAUCCUCUUCUUUGUCUACACAGAUAAGGUGAAUGAAAAUGCCAGACAGGACCUGAAAGAAGGUCUAGUGUUGUACAACACAGAUAACAACGUCGGGCUGAGGGACGCCUGGAACACCAUACAGAGAGAGUGGAAGUGUUGUGGCGUGAUGAACCAUGAAGACUGGCAUGUUGCUCUGCACAAGAACGUCGUUCCCGACAGCUGCUGCCAGCAGGUUGACCAGGGCUGUGGACGCAACGCCUCAAACACCUUCUGGACACGAGGUUGCUAUGAGAAAGUAGAAGAAUGGCUGGAUGACAACAAACACCUGCUGGGGACUAUUGCCAUGUGUGUGUUGGUCAUUCAGCUGCUUGGUAUGGCUUUCUCCAUGACACUUUAUCAGCAGAUCCACAGAGCAGGAAAGACGUAUGAAGCCUGAACAUUACACCGUUGUUUACUGGUAUACAUUCAACAAACAAGCAAUUCCACUGCUGUAGAUGUUUCACUCCCCGCUGAAGGAGCUCCAACUGCACGUGCCCCACCCACUUGUUUGAACCACGUGAAGGUGUGAGAGGCAAUGGCUGAAACCUCUGCUUAAAG